CACUAAACCCGCCUCACACAAACAGCUUACUCACACCCGCGCACUCUUUCUCUCUACCUCUCUCCCUCUCACCAUGAGGUCUUCAAGUUUUGCGGUGGUUGCGUUUUUUAUCGCUCUCUUCCUCCUCUCCACCCGAGUCCCGGUGUCGGAAUCUGCGAUCUCGUGCAGCGACGUGUUGAAGGACCUGAGGCCGUGCGUGAGCUACCUGAAGAGCGGCUCGGGGAAUCCGCCGGCGGCAUGUUGCGCAGGGGUGACGUCGCUCGCGAACGCGGCAACAAGCUCGGCAGAUAAAAAGGCGGCGUGCGCGUGCCUCAAGAACGCAGCCCAGAAGAUGAACCCUAACGCGCAGUUGGCCCAGGCUCUUCCUUCGAAAUGUGGAGUCACCUUGCCUGUUGCUGUUUCACCCAACGUUGAUUGUUCCAAGAUCGGCUGAAACAAUAGUGAGUUUGCAUGGUGACGGUUCAAGCUAUUUUGAUUAGCGACAGUUGUUAGUCUAUGAGUUGGAAAUAAGGUGAAGAAGGAAUCUACUGAUGUUUUCUCGUAUUACGUUUUCCCCGUACCCGUGUGAUGCUCAAUCGAGCCAAUAUGUGAUAUGUACCGAGUGAUAAUAAAGCAUACUAUGUAGGAAUAUGUUUGAUGGGAUGUAAUAAAACUUAUUAAGCGGUUUUUAUAUGGCCUUGUC